GUGCUGUGAGGAGCUGCCCAUGAGCAAUCACUGAGCAGAGUACAAAAACACCCACACCCUAUUGAACCCACUGGAAUAAAUGUGCCAAUGCUAUGGGACACUAAAUUAUAUACUGAGAGGUUGUUCUUCAACAUGAGCAGUAACACAGAAUGUGAAGGUUCCAGGGAAGCAGAAACCUUAAGAAGAGAGGGGAGGUCCAUGGAUAACACAUAUCAAAGGUCACAGUUCCUCUGAAAGGAUUCUGUAUAAGUUAGCAUUUCUGAAGAGCAUCCCCAAAGAAAUCUACUUGCUUUAUCAAGAGAUGUGGAGGAAUGCCAGGGGAAAGAUCAGAGGAGUUCCUCUGUGGGAGAACACAGAAAUGGAAUUCAUGAACACCAAACUUUUUAGGUGCAAGGACCCGGAGGAAAAUGUGUCAAUCUCUGUAAAGAAGUGCCAUCUGCAGCCUAUCUUAGACAAACUGUUUCCUGAUAAUUAAGGCUAUGUACUCCACCAACCGAGGCACAGUGGGUGGGUUUUUCCUGGCUGGCCGGAGCAUGGUGUGGUGGCCGAUUGGUGCAUCUCUGUUUGCCAGCAACAUUGGCAGUGGGCACUUUGUGGGAAUAGCAGGAACAGCAGCAGCUGGAGGAAUUGCCAUUGGAGGAUAUGAGUGGAAUGCUCUGAUAUUUGUGGUGAUUCUGGGAUGGAUCUUUGUCCCCAUCUACAUCAAGGCUGGGGUGGUGACAAUGCCAGAGUACCUGAGGAAACGUUUCGGUGGGAAACGGAUCCAGGUCUACCUGUCAGUGCUGUCCCUCAUCAUUUAUGUUUUCACAAAGAUCUCAGCUGACAUCUUCUCUGGAGCUGUAUUUAUCCAGCUGGCCAUAGGGCUGAAUCUUUAUUUGGCCAUAAUCAUCCUGCUUGCUAUUACUGCUCUUUACACCAUCACAGGUGGCCUUGCAGCUGUGAUUUACACAGACACCCUACAAACAUUCAUCAUGGUAUUGGGAUCCUUUAUUCUCAUGGGAUUUGCAUUUGCUGAGGUGGGAGGCUACGAGGCUUUCAUGCAGAAGUACAUGGCAGCCAUUCCCUCCAACGUGUCCUACGGGGGCACCGAGGUGGAUCCCGCGUGCUACACGCCCCGCAGCGACGCCUUCCACAUCUUCAGGGACCCCAUCAGCGGGGACCUGCCCUGGCCAGGGCUCAUCUUUGGCCUCAGCAUCCUUGCCAUGUGGUACUGGUGCACUGACCAGGUUAUUGUGCAAAGGUGUCUCUCUGGCAAGAACAUGUCCCAUGUGAAGGCUGGCUGCAUCGUGUGUGGGUACCUCAAACUCUUGCCCAUGUUCAUCAUAGUGAUGCCUGGAAUGAUCAGCCGCAUUUUGUACACAGAUGUGGUGGCUUGUGUUGUGCCUGAAGUCUGCCAGCGCUACUGUGGCACCUCAGUGGGCUGCACAAACAUUGCUUACCCAAAACUGGUAGUGGAGCUUAUGCCAAAUGGUCUGCGGGGUCUGAUGCUGUCAGUCAUGCUGGCCUCCCUCAUGAGCUCCCUGACAUCCAUUUUUAACAGUGCCAGUACUUUGUUCACCAUGGACAUUUACACCAAAAUCCGGACGCGGCCAUCUGAGAAGGAGCUGAUGCUGGCUGGCAGGGCAUUCAUGUUACUCUUAAUUGGCAUCAGCAUUGCCUGGGUUCCUGUGGUGCAGUCAGCUCAGAGUGGGCAGCUCUUUGAUUACAUUCAGUCUAUUACCAGCUACCUGGGACCUCCCAUUGCUGCUGUUUUCCUCCUUGGUAUCUUCUGCAAGCGUGUCAAUGAGCAGGGUGCCUUCUGGGGCCUGAUCAUUGGGCUGCUGGCUGGACUUGGCAGGAUGAUUUCAGAGUUUGCCUAUGGAACUGGCAGCUGUGUGGCCCCUUCCAACUGCCCCUUCAUCAUCUGUGGCAUUCACUACCUUUACUUUGCACUGAUCCUCUUUGGCGUUUCUGCCAUCGUCAUCCUGGCAGUCUCCUUCAUGACCAAGCCCAUUCCUGAUGUACAUCUCCACCGCCUGUGCUGGGCCUUGAGGCACAGCAAAGAAGAACGGAUUGAUCUUGAUGCAGAUGAGGAGCAGGACAGAGCUGAUGAAAAAGAUGAUGAAUCAGUUAAUGAGGAAAACCAGGAGGAGCCAGGAUGCUGCAGGAAAGCUUACAACUGGUUCUGUGGCUUGGACCAACAGAAGGCCCCCAAACUGAGCAAGGAGGAAGAGGAGGCACUGAAGAAGAAACUCACAGACACCAGUGAAGUGCCACUGUGGAGAAACAUUGUGAACAUCAAUGGCAUCAUCCUCUUGACUGUGGCUGUGUUUUGCCAUGCCUACUUUGCAUAACCCCUGAUCACAGUCCUGAAAUUGUACUGCAUUGUUCAAGCAAAAAUGAUGGUUUGUAGAUUUACACAAUUAGAUACACAUUGUAUUUUCAUCAUCUACAUUUGUAAAACAUCAGAGUGAUUUACUCACUGAUUUUGUGAUCAUAAUUUCAACAAUUUAAAGAUGAAGGCCACUGGGAUUUCAAGAGAGAAUUUCUAUUUAGGCAUUGAACCACUCCAGGGCUGAGGUUCAGAAUUUCCAUCCACUAUUCUCUCUGCUCAUGAUACAUUUCAUAUUUUAGGUUCAGAACAAGGCUGCUUGAGCCAUAUUUCAUAUCAGGUUUUGUGAACUACCUUUUAGGGUUCAUGACACUAUUUUGAUUUUCAUCCCUUAAUCUGAUCAUUCACUUUUUCUUUUCCUUUGGAUUUGAUAAUUUGCAAAAAACUGACAACCACUGAGGGACUGUAUUACAAACUCAAAUUAAAACAUUGCUGCUGUCCCCCCAACAUGGGAUAUCUUAAGUAAAGGGUUUAUGCACAUAUCAAUGUAUUUGAUAUUAUAUAUAAUUUUCCAUUUUCAGUUUUCUUCCCUUUUUCUCACUUCCCACUGGGUUGUGUUCCUCAGUUGUCAGUGGAACACUCACCUCUGAAUUGAUCACAUUUUGAAACUGGGGAA